AAUUGGAAGAAAAAAUGAAGAACACACGUGUGAAUUUUGCAAUCGCACUGUAUUUUCUUGUUGCUUGGGCCACUAUUGCAAAAAUGGACAAAGAAACACUUUCAAGUCCCAUAAAGGUCCAACCCAGGCAAAGCGGGAAACUCGAUGCUUUCUUGUUGUUAAGAAACACCCAAUCUGGUUAUGUUUUACAAGCUGACGAUUAUUAUGUCGUACUUGGGGACAAUGCCAAGAUUCCAAAACAAAAAUGGGCCCCGGAAUACCUACAUCAUGGAAAAUGCAAGAUUGUCAAUCAAGGCAACGGCAAAUAUUUGGAUAUAGAACAGAACGCCACAGUUGGAUCACGACUAAUUACAUCAACACCAUUUCGAGACGAGGAUAAUUUGCAGCUUUGGCACAUUGGUUUUGAGGGUCAAAUUGUUAACAGUCAAGUCGGACUUGCAGCAACUGUUGCCCUACCAAAUAAUUCCCGAUUUGCUUACAAGACAGGACUACCAAUAGUAGGCCAAUAUUAUUAUGGGGUUCGAUGGCAGCAAUGGGGAAUAGAAUUCGUAGAUUAUUAUUAAUUUGUUUUGAAAAUUACAGU